CCGCUUCCCUGCUCCUUUAAGCGUCCACAGGCGGCGGAGCGGCCACAAUCACAGCUCCGGGCAUUGGGGGAGCGCGAGCGGCUGCGCCAGGGGAAUCCGUGCGGGCGCCUACCGUCCCGGUCCCAUCCUCGCCGCGAUCCCGCACCCCUGAAGUUUUGCAGCGUCCAGAAAGGAGGCGAGGGAGGCGGGGGGGAGCGUGAGAGGAGAGCGAGCAAAAGCACACCCUAAAACAUUUUAUUUCCAAAAGAAAAGGAAAAAGGGGGGCGCAAAAAUGGCUGGGGCAAUUAUAGAAAAUAUGAGCACCAAGAAGCUAUGCAUUGUUGGUGGGAUUCUGCUCGUGUUCCAAAUCAUCGCCUUUCUGGUGGGAGGCUUGAUUGCUCCAGGACCCACCACGGCAGUGUCCUACAUGUCAGUGAAAUGUGUGGAUGUUCGUAAAAACCAUCACAAGACAAAAUGGUUCGUGCCUUGGGGACCCAACCACUGCCACAAAAUCCGAGACAUCGAUGAAGCGAUUCCAAAGGAAAUAGGAGCCAACGACAUUGUGUUUUCUGUCCACAUUCCUCUCCCCUCCAUGGAGAUGAGUCCUUGGUUCCAGUUCAUGCUGUUUAUCCUGCAGCUGGACAUUGCAUUCAAGCUGAACAACCAAAUCAGAGAAAAUGCAGAAGUUUCCAUGGACGUUUCCCUGGCUUACCGUGAUGAUAUGUUUGCUGAAUGGACUGAAAUGGCCCAUGAGAGAGUGCCUCGGAAACUCAAAUGUAUCUUCACAUCCCCCAAGACCCCAGAGCAUGAGGGCCGUUACUAUGAAUGUGAUGUCCUUCCUUUCAUGGAAAUCGGAUCUGUGGCUCAUAAGUACUACCUUUUGAACAUCCGGCUGCCUGUGAAUGAAAAGAAGAAAAUCAACGUUGGGAUUGGGGAGAUAAAAGAUAUUCGGUUGGUGGGAAUCCACCAAAAUGGAGGCUUCACCAAGGUGUGGUUUGCCAUGAAGACCUUCCUUACGCCCAGCAUCUUCAUCAUUAUGGUGUGGUAUUGGAGGAGGAUCACCAUGAUGUCCCGACCCCCGGUGCUUCUAGAAAAUAUAGAAUUGUUUUGCUCUCCCCAUCUUUAUCUCAUUUCUCAACUUGGCUUUCAUCAGGAUCAGCAUGAGCGGAAUCACAUAGCAGGGUAUUGGAAGCAAGUCGGACCAAUCGCUGUUGGCUCUUUCUGCCUCUUCAUAUUUGACAUGUGUGAGAGAGGGGUACAACUCACGAAUCCCUUCUACAGUAUCUGGACUACAGAUGUUGGAACAGAGCUGGCUAUGGCCUUCAUCAUCGUGGCUGGGAUCUGCCUCUGCCUGUACUUCCUGUUUCUGUGCUUCAUGGUAUUUCAGGUGUUUCGGAACAUCAAUGGGAAGCAGUCCAGCCUGCCAGCCAUGAGCAAAGUCCGGCGGCUGCACUAUGAGGGGCUGAUUUUCAGGUUCAAGUUCCUCAUGCUUAUCACCUUGGCCUGUGCUGCCAUGACCAUCAUCUUCUUCAUUGUUAGUCAGGUGACCGAAGGCCAUUGGAAGUGGGGUGGUGUCACAGUCCAGGUGAACAGUGCCUUUUUCACAGGCAUCUAUGGGAUGUGGAAUCUGUACGUCUUUGCUUUGAUGUUCCUGUACGCACCAUCCCAUAAGAACUACGGGGAUGACCAGUCUAAUGGUGAUCUGAGGGUCCACAAUGGGGAAGAACUCCAGCUCACCACCACUAUCACCCACGUGGACGGACCCACCGAGAUCUACAAGUUGACCCGCAAGGAGGCCCAGGAAUAGAUGGCGGCAGCACCUGGCUGGGACUGUUCCCCACAUCCCAGCCCUUCUGACUGGAGUGUGGAGCACGCCAGCGAGAGCUCACUGCGUGAACCAGCCCUCCACUGCUCCCGUGUCUUAGCUGUGGUUUCUUGGAACAGUGGCGUGGACGUUGUCACUUUACCUUCUGACCACAGCUCUUGGGGGAAGAUUCCACAGCCACUAAGGCGUUGUGUAUAACAAAACCUCUGGUAUGACACAUUUUCUGUGAUCAUUGUUAAUUAGUGAUGUAGUAACAUCUGUAGCAGGUGGUUAGUAAACCUCAUGUGUUGGGGGUAUACUCCUUGGGGGGAUGAUGUGGGCCAGAUGGGGUCUAUAUGGAGUGGAAUGUUUGACUUCUUUUCCUGUUUUAGAUUCUAGGAUAGGUUUUUUAACAUCCUUUGCAGUCCAAGAGAGGCUGAUGUCAUAGUUUCUCACUCCUAGUUCGUGACCACUUUUUUUUCCUAUUUAUAUCACCAGGUAGCCUGUUGAGUUAAUAUUUAAGUUGUCAAUAGACAUGUGUCCCUCUUUUUUAUGGCAUACUAUAAAAUAACUGAAUUUCGUGAGACGGUCUAUUUCAGCUUUGGAACCAAAUCUGUGUAUCCAGUACUGACCGAACUGUUGGAUGUGGGUUGGGUCUGAAAAGCUUUUUUUACCUCCUGCUUACAAUGUGUUUCCUUUUGAUAAGAUGCUUCAAGCAGCCCCCAGAAGUGUAGAUCGGAUCAAUGAAAUAAACCUGUACGUAUAUGCAUAUAUGUACAUGCACACGUCAUCCUCCUGCUCAGCCAGGACACACGCAUGCAGAUUCUUUUCCAUGUCAAGUCCAUGGGGUGGGGGGAGUGGCUUUAUGAGAAAUUAAAGUAUUUUGCCAUCAAAUCAAA